GUCUGUACGGUUCCAUGGCCGUCGGAGAAGUUUGAGAUAUGGCUGCGUUUGUAGGAGGUUGAGUUUCCGUUGCGCUGCUCAGGAUGCUCAUAAGGAAAGCAAUGACAUCGUUCUGCUUAUUUAUUUCCGAAGCGAGAAAUGGAAACACAAAUGCACCAAGAGAGAGAAUUCGGGAAGAACGGACGAAUAGUUGGAUGGACCUCGUACUAUCUUGUUUUACCACAUGCUUGUGCUACAGUCCACAGAAUAAGGUAGUAGAUGUUCAUUAUCAUAGAGCUCAUCUUGCUUAGUUUCAAAAGGCGAGAGUUAGGAGAGGCAUCUAACUUUCUUAGAAGAGGCGGAAGUUGCACGGUGAAGUUUAUUUAGCUGGUCUUUCAUUUCUUAGUAAUCAUGUAGCAAAAUUGUGCUAGUGUCCAUCAAGCUAUUUGAGUAAAUGAGGAACGGAAGAUGCUUGCGGCUACGCAUAAGGAUCGCUUAGUUGGCACUCUAAUUCUGUUUGGAGCUUCAUUCUCGAGUCAACAUAUGCACAGCCGCAAAGAUGAAAUUUAAACCGGAAUCUGAAAAUUUAAGCUAAGAGUUUUGAUGAUGUUUAUCAUAUUUUUAAAAUUUAACCAAACUUUUUGUUCUUCAGCCAGAAAACACUUGGUAGAUGGAUAGAACCAUCAUUCCUACCAAUAUCUGUGUUAACCAUGAAUCUGUAACCGUGGUUUUUAUUGGUCCAGUUGUUAUAGUUAAAGCUUUUAGGAAGCUACAUAUCUGUACCAAGCCAACAGUUCUAGUACCCGUACUUGUAUUAGGAGUGGUAGCUGGCUAUGCUUGUUUAGAUUGCUUGAACAGCUUGCUAAAGGUCGAAUUGCUCCUUUGAGAAGCAUUUCCAUUUCGGACAUUAGAGCUUUGUUCAGCCAGCAUAACAGUGGCAUGAUUUCUUUAGUCUUCCAAGUUUAUCUUCCAUGAACUUUCCAGGAGAAGAACCUCCAGAAUCAUUAUUCAUGAAGGAGCUGAAGAAGAGAGGUAUAGCUCCCACUUCCUUGCUUGAGGAUACUAACAGCACUGAAUUUGAACUUGGUGUUGAGGCGACGGGAGGAAGCCUAGAUUUAUCCGGUACAAGUGCUGUUUCAACUGAAGUUAGCAAGAGCCUAUCCAAUCAAAUGGAGCGUUCCAUGCAAUUGAACAGUGAAGGCCUCGAGGGUUUGAUCCCUCGUGCUAAACUUUUGCUAACACUGGGAGGAACAUUUUUCUUAGGAUUCUGGCCGCUGAUCGUCAUCACUGUUUCAUUAUUUUUUGCUUUAUACUUUUUUUUUGGAUCAUCUUUUGUUCACGACGGCACCCAAACGCCACCAUCUCCUCCACCGUAUGUUUAUCCAUAUGCUCCUUUAGAAGACGAGAGGAUUUCACAAAUAGCUCCUCGUGUAAAUUGACUGGUACCCAUUAUAAUCUUAAUUGGUUGGUUUUCUGCUACUUACUUUUCCCUUUCGCAAUAUUGAUUCCUGUCCUUGCAAUAUUAUGUAUAUAUGAAAAUGAUUGUUAGCUAGAA